UCAGAAGAAGGAACUCUUAAUGGCAAGGAAAAAUCCAAAGCAAACAAUUCUGGUGAAAGUGGGAUUGUGGAUUCGUGUGAGCAAAAGGAUGUGGGCACAAGUGACUCUGAUGAAGUAUCCCCCACAACUGUAGAUCUUUCUUCAACUGAUGAUGAGAAAUUGCUUAAAGAUAUGCCUUCAGAGGUUUAUGAAAAGCUGGCAAUUCUACUGCGACCCACGCAUAUGCUUGGAAAAGACUACCGCUUAUUGGCUGAUAAAAUGGGAUACAAAUACGAGUACAUUAAGUAUCUUGAAAGUUUACCUCAACCAGUGAAAGAACUGUUUAUAAAAUUUGCAAGAGAAGAGAGAAGAACAAUUAAAGAGCUGUUGUCACUUCUAAAACAAAUAGACAGACCAGAUGUGGUGGAGGACCUUCAGCCAUAUAUAGAGAGAACACCUCCUCGAAGGGUGAUUGAAGAGCGAUUUCAAAAAUCAAAGAUUGAUGAACAGAAAACAAUUCGUGAUUCUUAUGACGCAUUCAUAUGCUACGAUGAGGGAGAUCGUGCUUUUGUGGAUAAACUUGUCAAGAGGAUGGAAAGUGAACCAUAUAACCGUCAUGUAUGUGAUACAAGACGAGAUCUCCUGCCUGGUGGUUCACGUUUUGAGGGAAUUGCCACGGCCAUCGAGAAAAAUUGUAGAAACGUGGUUCUUGUUUGGUCUAGGAACUACCAUGAUAGUGAAAAGGCCCGCUUUGAAUCAGAUGUAGCCAUGAGUAUGUCAACAGGAACCAAAAAAAAACUUGAUAUCAUACCAGUUCUUAUUGAUGAUGGUUACAGAGACAAUAUUCCUCGUUCCAUGUCUCAUUUUUAUUACCUCGAUUACAAACGACUAGAAAAGGAAUUAUUCUGGAAUAAGCUGGCGAUAUCACUGGGCUGGAAACCACCUAAUCACUAUUGAGAGCGUCGAGUAACAAACUCAGCGAUGGACGUUCGCCCCAACUGCGCACCUACCCCUCCCCUAACCCAACAACUGUCAACUGAGUACAACUUAGGGUUAAUGUUGGAUUAGGGGAGGGGUAGGUGAGCAUUUGCUAAGAAACUGACAUUGAUCCAGAUAUCCUGUCGCACAAAACAAUAGGAAACCGCACCAAACAGUUAAUCUGUUUUGAAGACCACCUUCUUGUUUCCUUAGUUAGAGGUAGAUAAUUUUCUUAAUUGACAAACGUUUAUUGCGAUGAGUGCCAUGAGGAUAGAGCUUUUUUUGAUGGGAUAUCGUAAAACCGAAAACUUAGUAGCAAGAGCCAAUGAAACUCAAGGUAAUUGGACUAACGUCCACAUUAAAAUAUGAGUGACUUCUCAACCAAUCACAAUUGAAGUUAGAACAAUUUUUAUAAUGACGCGAGAGUAAUGCAGAAUUGGCUCGGUUUUGCUUCACGCGACAUGUGAUAGGUUCAGAAAACUCACGCCAUAUUUUAAACAAUCAGAUUCAGAGGAAAAAAAUCGUGACUUGGUCACCCGCGUUUUCCCACGCAUUGAACAGUUUGCUUUUUUUUUUUCUCUGCGUUUUCUGACUCUGUGUGAUUUUUUUCCUUUGUUUUGGUUGGCUGUUAUGAUUGUUUUGCUUUUGGUUUUACAAUCCGCAAUCGAAACGCGUACAAGGUCAAACGCGCUCAAGGUCAAACGCGCUCAAGAUCAAACGUGCUCAAGGUCAAACGCGCUCAAGGUCAAACGCGCCCAAGGUCAAACGUCCUCAAGGUCAAACGCGGCUACUGCUUGUUUCAUCUGACCAUUUGUCGGCAAGAAAAGUAUAUUAUUGCCACAUAUGAAAUCACCUCUAGUGUCUUUUUAAUUAGAAAUUUGGUAGCUAUUGUAAAUAAGUCGGUAGAGGUGUUUUGGUUUGUUGUAUAUACUAUAUAUAGAUCGUCAUGUAUUAUAUAUACUCAAUCUUUGUGACGUACAUUAAUAUUUUUAUUUCAGCAUUUUUUCGUUUUAUAAAUCUCGUGUGUUAUCACAUGUGUAUGAUAUGUAUGAAUUAUUUUAACCCUUUCGCUCCCAAGAUCUUAUUAGUAAUUCUCCUUACUGACUGUCAAACAGUUUUGGUGAUACUAGUUUGGAUAAUUUGGUUUUGGAUCAACUUAAUGAUCCCCUAGUUGGUAGCUUUUCUUUGUUUUCAUCACUUGUUUACUUGUUAUUGUAUUGAAAUUGUAGGGAGAAAUUCUGUCUUGGUCACUCACGUGAGUUAAAGGGUAAUCGUUUUAAGUUUGGUCGGCAUAUAAGAGUUUGUAGUAUACAGAAAGAAAGUAGAAACUUUCAUUAGGAGGAAUUAUUUUUUUUGGCUGGAUGAGGAGGUAGUUGUCGGGUUGUUAAUAGCCAUAGGCUGCAUUCCUCGUGCUAAUCAGAAAACUAUUCUCCCCUCCCCCCAGUAAAAGCGUCCUUCUGGGAGGAGGGGAUCGUUGUAUGAUAUCUGAAGGAACGCCUGUGAAGUAAACCACCGGUACCUUGGAUCGAACACAUCAAGUUGAGGGUUCGUGGUAAACUUCCUGAGGAAAAAGGGAAAAUUAAAGCACAAACAAUUUUCUCUCGUAGUUUCACUGAGUAAGAUUAGCUUUCUUUUUCUGUUUUGACACAUCACAUUGAAAAACGAGGGAAACAAAACAAAACAUCGAUUGAAAAUACAUUUAUUAUAGGUUCACGCCUCGCGGUCAUGUCUUCGAUCCAAGGCCAGGUCACUUUAUUUGGGCUCUUCUGUUCAAUUGUUUUAAGUUAGGUUAAAACUACAAAUUGUAAAGCUGGAACCUUUUUGGCUUAGUUAUUAGAUGUUCCGAACAUAGGAAUCACGCAAAGAAAUAUACGGGACGUGUUUAAGUUACCAGAAUGUAAUGCGUGGUAAUCGUCCAUUUUUUACGACACGGGUUUAUACCAGUGCUACAAUAGAGACAACAGAAAUAUAUAUCCGAAAAAGUUUCUUUUUUUUUCUUUUUUUUUCCAGAAUCUGUAGAUAUUCCAACCGAUCUAGUUAGUACCUGGUUGAGUAUAUUCCUCAACCUGCUGACUGUUGAAAAAAAUCGAUUGUAAAGAAUUGAAUAAACUGUACUAUCAAAAAAUA